UCAGAAAAUCACAUUCUCCUCCUCGCUACUGGUAAAGAUUAUUCAUUAGUUGGUUUCCAAGAACAACAAAUUGGUCGCGAUUACUUAAAAGAAAAUAAAAACAAGAUUAAAGCCAUUAUGGUAACUAAUACUAACUGGCAAAAUGUAGGCUUAUUGGCUGAUAUCUGCCGGGAAAUUGGUUCUCAUAUCCCCAUUUAUACUAGUCAUCCAAGCAAAUUAAUUUUCCCGUAUCUUUUUCCCCAAUUAAGGAAUAAAAUAAUUGUGGCCGAAAAGAACCGAGAAUGGAAAAUUGGCGACUUUGUUUUAUCGUUUAUUCCGCUGAAUAGUUAUUUAUUAGGCAAUUUAGGUCAAUUUCUCACUAAAAGUCCGCUGCAACAAGUAAUUGAAAAGGAAGAGAAUUUAAGUAAAAAUUUUGUCUCGCCAGCAAAAAGACCGCAAGGAAAUGGGGAAAUUUACUUACUGGUUGGCAACCCCGAAAAAAUUGAAAAAGAAACCCAACAUUGUUUAGUUAAUUUUUCCCCCGAAAAAAAGGCUACUUUUCAGUUUAUAGUGGGUAUUCCUCCGGUCAUCGGUGGAGAAAUGAGACUGGCCCGCACCAUUGAUUAUCUUUAUACGCAAAGUGAAGAAGUAAUUAAUUUAAGCAAAAAAGAAUAUUUAAGCCUAGGGGUUAGUUUUUAUGAUUUUAAAUUAUUGCUCCAAUUAUUACAACCGCUUGGAAUAAUUACUUUACAAAAUAGUUAUAAGAAUAAAAAUUUUCUCGCUCAUUUGCCUGUUCCGGAUAUCAAAAAGGAGGAUGCGAUAAAAAUAAUCAAAAAGGCUGUCGAGAGAAGAUUAAAUAGUUUAACCAGAAAUUACCUUAAUUUAGAGCAUGAUAUAAAUCUGGAAGAAGCCCUUAUUUU